AUGCCUCCUUCUAUCAAGUCAGCUCGCAAGUUUUUGUUCGGCGUUCCCUGGACUAGAGUCCUCCCUAAAGUCAAAGGCACGUCUCGAGGCCAUCGACUCUACCCGUCCCAAACUCCGAAAAAUGACUCGAAGAAAAAUUAUCGAUUAGACAAAGGCUCUGUUGUUAAUGGGAAGCACGAGAUUAUCCUUCAGGCCAACAAGAAUGCGGAGGAUAGCAGCGUCCGAGAGGCAGCAAAUAAGAAUUCCCAUGCUAUAUUGGCUAAAGUCGUUUAUGACCCCGAGAAUAACCCGAAUGGUGAUGGGGUGCCGGAAGCUCUACUCGCUUCCUUCAAAGGAGAGAACAAAGACGAAGACAAGGCAGAAGGAAAGAAGUGA